AUGAAUCAGUUCGGCAAGGUGGUGGAGAUCGCAGAUACUUUCGAAAACGCCUUCUCCGAAGUGCUGGACACGUACGAAUAUAUAGGAGAAAACUUACCCUUGCUCUUACAAUACCAAGAGCUGUUUCGCACCAACCCUCACAUGAUUAAGGUACUCUCACUCAUGUACGAGGACAUCCUCAAGUUCCAUCGCAUUGCCAUCCAAUAUUUCCAGCAGCGUCUCUGGAAGCAGCUGUGGCAUGCGACGUGGAAAACCCAACAAUCACGUUUCUCCAAUAUUAUUUCAGGUAUGGCACGGUAUCGUGCUUUAAUCGAAAGCCAAGCAGGCCUGGUCCAGAUUGCAGAUUCCCAGGAAUCGCAUCGUCUAGUGGACGACUGGCACAAUGCCGAAGUGCAAUAUGAAUCCUUGCGCCGAUCACGCACAGUUUUCAACUGGCUCAGAGCACCUGAUGUUGAUGGAAAUCAGUAUAAUUUGACCCAGACGCGAGCAAAUAAUCCUGGUACUGGAAGCUGGCUUUUGGACAACCAAGCUUUCAAAGAUUGGUUCGAUCCGAACUACCCCAAAAUACCUCCUUUGCUUUGGUUGAAUGGGAUUCCAGGCGCCGGAAAAACUGUCCUCGCAUCUCUCACAAUAGAGGAAGCCCGAAAGCUCACCCCCAAACCAACGGUUCUUUUCUUUUAUUGCAAACACGGCGAUCCCGAGCGUAACAGCUUUUUAGCAUUGGCGCGAAGUCUGCUCGCCCAAAUUUUGGAGCGGGACCAAAAUCUCCUUCUUUAUUUCUACCAGGAAUGCUGUGAUAGCAAAGAAGCGGUGCUUACUUCCUCGGAGAAAGUCACCAAGCUUUUGGAAUUUGCAUUCAAGAACUGCAAGAUUGCAUAUAUUAUUAUUGACGGGGUCGAUGAGUGUGAAAGAGACCAACGGAAAAGCAUCGCUCAAUGGUUCAGAACAUUGGUCGAAAGCCUGCCCAUUACCGAGCCCUGGAGGCUACGCUGUCUUUUCACAAGCCAAAACGACAGUCUGGCGUGCAAAAACUUCGAUGAGAUUGCAAGUCUUACUAUAGGACCAGAUGAUAUUAAAAAUGACCUUCAAGGCUUUUGCCGGCGUGAGGCAGAUCAACUGAGAGCUUCUUUGUAUAUCUCAGAAGACAUGACUGAUAGUAUCGCUGCGAUGGUAGCUCAGCAAGCUGGCGGCAUGUUUCUACUUGCAAAACUGAUUUGGUUGAAUCUAUCCGCACAGACUACAAUCGUAGGGCAGGAACAAGAGCUGGAUCCAAAUAUUUUCCCCUCUGGGGUAAAUGAUGCAUUCUUGGUCAACGAAGGGUUUGUCGAUCCAUUGCAACAAGGUAUCAGAAUGGCAACUCGAUGUAUUAACUAUCUGAACUUUCCACUCUUCGUGAACACGCCGCUUGAGCAUAAUAUUCGCCGCGGAGAUUAUGGAUUUAUGGAAUAUUCCAUUAUCCACUGGGUUCGACAUCUUGAAGGAGCAAUUGCGGAAGCAAAUCGCCGAAUCGAAAGAACAAAGGCAGAAGCAACCGGACCUCGUCAAAGUACGCCCGAGGAACUAGAUGCACUCAAGCACUACAAAGCUCUGUGUGAAGAAGAUUACCCAGGUAUUAUGGCUCUCCUUGCUGAGUCAUUAGGUGUCUUCGUUGAUCUGCAUUGGUCUCCGCCACAGAAAUAUCUAGAGGUAUCGGCCCGGAAUAAAAAAAGGCUCCAAGUCUUCCAAGAUGCCACCUUCUAUGAGCAGCUGGAGCAAAUUGUUGUCUCAACCAAGAAGCAACUCCACUCAUUUGGUCAGCUCAAGCAAGAAGGAUUUGCACUGAACCUAUUCAACCUUGUGGGUGAUGUCCGUGAAACCCGUCGUCUAAAAAGGACAUGGUACAGAAAUAUGGGGACAAUCCUGUUCCGAUGCCCACAUUUCAGCUGCCAAUUCUUCUUCUCUGGUUUUCCCUCAUCUGAGAAGCGAGAUGAACACAUCAGCAGACAUAAUCGAGCAUGGAGGUGCAGUGACGAAAAGUGUACUGGUUUUACAUUUGGUUUUGUAUCAGAGAUCAGCCUGAAAAGGCACAUGAGGGAUGCCCACCCGGAUGCGUCGCAGAGCCAAGACUUUCCAUCCGACAGAGACAUCGAGCUGAGCCUUCGGCAAAGGACACCCAUGAUGCAAGCUACUCCUCAGCGGGCACCUGAAGUGCAGAAUGCACAAGCUGUGCAAGCAACACCUGAUAUUACAGUUCAUACACAAGAGCCAUCAAGCUCAGACUCUGAGCCAGAGGUCCGACCCACGAAACGUACGAAGACUCGAGAGAAGCAAGACUUCGAGUGCCCACAUUGUGCAAAGGUCUUCAAAAGGCUCUUUAAUCUCAAAUCUCGCCUCUUGACACACGGCGGAUCGUCCGUUUUCAAGCGCUUUUCCAGAAAGAAUGAUUGCAAUCGACAUAAGAAGAUUCAUUCAGGCGAGAAAGAUUGGGUCUGUGAGGGUUGUCUGGUAUCUUUCGUUCGUGCGGACAUGCUCAAAAAUCACCAUCGCGCGCCAAUAGGUCAAGCCUGUCUUGCCAAAAUCAAAGCCAGAGACAGGGUUUUGUGCCUUGAGUGCGGUUCACUUAUGUAA